AUGUUCACAUUCCGCAUUUACUUACAAAGCAAUGAAAGCACUUCAAAACCUGCCAAUAUAUUAGAUACUUCAUUUAAAUUGGGUCCUAUGCAAGGCACUGGUCACCAACAACAGAUGGCGCAAAGUAUGUCAACGGGUAAUAAUACGCUUGGUGGCCACGGUGGCAUUGAUCGUGGCGGUGGCAGUGGCGGUGGACCUGGUGGUCCUGGCAUGAAUGGUCCGGGUGGACCACACUGUCAAAUGAGCGGCUCACAACCAUUGGUCAUGCCGGGAUUUCCAUUGCGUAAUUCACACUCAGCGCACACACCGCACUACUCACCAUAUUCACCAUCCAGGUUUCACAUAGAUAAGCGCUGUCAACACAAAUGUUCCUGGAAAUGUUUAAGUAUUGCCUUAAUACUACUAGCAGUCGUCCUAACAGCCAUGUUGACCUAUUUUGCAGCUGUGAGCUCAAUGAAACCCAACAUGGAUACAACAAAUUGCAUCCUAGUCCAAGAUGUCAAAUCACAACCACAUGAUUUACAUGGCAACGCAAAAGCAAACAAUGGUGGCAGUCAGUUACCGACAGCUUAUCCCACAGAAGAAUCGGUACAGACCAGCACAUCAGAUCAUAGCGCAAAUUUCGUUGGCAGCAAUGGAGGCGGUGGUGGGGCACAGAAUUCGGCACCCUCACUACAGUUGCAGCAUCAGCAGCAACUGUUGUUGCAACAGCAACCGCAUAGCAUAAAUCAACAAAUAGCGGCUGGCAUACCACAAGAUGCCUCCCAUCUGCAGGACCAGUCAUAUAGUGCGCAACAUCAACAACAGCAACAGCAGCAGCUGCUGAAGUGGCCGCAGGUUGUCGAACUGAAAGAACUCAAUGAGCUUUACCAUGCUAACAUUCCGGCUUACCAAUUUUGGAAUUUAGAAUUUCGCAAUAAACAUCCUGCAUUCAUACGUUUUAACUUUACGCUACCGUGGGGCGCAAAUUUUGCGGUCUAUUCACGUCGUAAUGUCGCUCCCUCCGUAACGCAAUACGAUUUCGUAGAGUUCAUCAAAGGCGGUCGUUUGGAUAGUCAUUUGCGGCAUAGACGUAGCGCAGUACACUGGCAAAAUGGUAACGACCAAAGUAAUGGAAGUGAUACACAGAACUUUAAAGAUUUCGCGGAUAUUGAUGUUUUGGCUGCAGGUGGUGAAUAUACAAAUAUCGAUGAUUUGCAGCGUGCAUCUCACGAAACAACAAAUGGUAUUCGUUUUAACUACGGGCAUCAAUUUGAUGAUGACGAUGACGAUGACUCUUUCGAAGAUUUCGGCUCGGAUGAGUACAAUGGUAAUUUUCCACAAGAGAUGGACAUUGAAACACCUUUGGACACUGCUAAGUACUAUGCACAACAGCAUGCUAAACAACAAAAUCAACAUGUCUUGCAAAAGCGCUCUGCCAUGGGUGCAACCGGACCAGAUAGUAUGGGCGGUUUGCCUGCUUUAGACAUGGAUACAAUGAUGGUUAAUGUGUCAUUGCUGCAGUAUUUAGAUACUGGUUUAUGGUUUAUUUCUGUGUACAAUGAUGAAUUAGUUGCGCAUUCGGUAACAUUGAUUGUUGAGGAAGCUGAGGGUGUUAGCACUACAUGUCCAAACGAUUGUUCAGGACGCGGCAGUUGUUAUUUGGGAAAAUGUGAUUGUAUAGAUGGCUAUCAGGGCGCCGAUUGCUCCAAGAGCGUCUGUCCAGUGCUAUGCUCCGCUCACGGCCACUACGGUGGUGGUGUUUGUCACUGUGAAGAGGGCUGGAAGGGUUCCGAAUGUGAUAUACCUGUGGGCGAAUGCGAGGUACCGAACUGUUCGAAUCAUGGACGUUGCAUUGAAGGUGAAUGCCACUGUGAACGUGGCUGGAAAGGACCUUUUUGUGAUCAACAUGAUUGCCUUGAUCCAUUGUGCUCGGGCCAUGGCACAUGUGUCGCUGGUCAGUGCUAUUGUAAGGCCGGUUGGCAAGGUGAGGACUGCGGUACCAUUGAUCAGCAAGUGUAUCAGUGCUUGCCCGGCUGUUCCGAGCACGGUACUUAUGACUUAGAAACAGGACAAUGUGUUUGUGAACGGCAUUGGACAGGACCAGAUUGCUCGCAAGCUGUCUGCAGCCUGGAUUGUGGACCAAAUGGUGUCUGCGAAUCGGGAAAAUGCCGUUGUAAUCCUGGUUGGACCGGAAAUCUAUGUGAUCAGCUGCCAUGCGAUGCCAGAUGCUCCGAGCAUGGACAAUGCAAAAAUGGCACAUGUGUAUGCUCGCAGGGAUGGAAUGGCAGACAUUGCACAUUGCCCGGUUGUGAAAAUGGUUGCUCCCGCCACGGACAGUGUACCUUGGAAAAUGGCGAAUAUCGCUGUGAUUGCAUUGAUGGUUGGGCAGGCUCCGAUUGUUCGAUUGCAUUGGAAAUGAACUGCAAGGACAAUAUCGACAACGAUGGCGAAGCCGAGCACUCUGUAAAAAAACAUUUAUUGCCAAUGCUAACUAGCGGUGAAAAAUACAUGGCUCCGGUUAGUACUGUCUGUAUUGAUCAAUAUAACCUAUUGCAGUGUGUCUUAAGUCCCACAAGAAGCAAUUUGAUGUAUCAUGUUAAAUUUGGAAUUAGGAAACCUGGUUAUGACCAGGAAACCUGGUUGUUUACGAACUUAACGAACAAAUUGCUAUAA